AUGACAGCUCCACUGUGCCGAAAUGACAGCUCCAGCAUUAGCUGUGCCGAAAUGACAGCUCCAGUUCGUGUCCCGCACGUUGUUCACUCGUUGCCCAUGUCUGGUUGCAUGUCUGUGCUUGCAUCCAACACCGCACGAAGAUGGGAAGCGCAACUGCUGCUGGGUCUUAAUGCGCUGUGCCGAAAUGACAGCUCCAAUGGGAAGCGCAACUGCUGCUGGGCUCUUGAUGCGGUCAUGCAAUAA